AUGAACAAGGUAGCAGCAGCAGUAGGCGGGGCCAAGGGAAAGAAGAAAGGAGCAACCUUCACGAUCGAUUGUGCUAAACCAGUUGAAGAUAAAAUCAUGGACAUUGCCUCACUGGAAAAAUUCCUCCAAGAACGCAUUAAAGUCGGCGGCAAACCCGGAGCUCUCGGUGAUUCCAUCACUGUCACCCGUGACAAGUCCAAAAUCACCCUCACUUGUGACUCUAAUUUCUCCAAACGGUAUUUGAAGUAUUUGACAAAGAAGUACUUGAAGAAGCAUAAUGUGAGAGAUUGGCUUAGGGUUAUUGCGUCGAACAAGGACCGUAAUGUUUAUGAGCUGAGAUAUUUUAACAUUGCAGAGAACGAAGGCGAGGAAGAAGAUUAA